ACAGUGGAGGAGAAGAAGAGUGUAGGACAGGGAGCAUCUGCCUUGGCUUCUCAUUGCUUGCAGUGCACCUUGGGGAUCACAUUGCAAUGAGACAUGUGGCUGGGCUGAUGUGUAACAGGUAAAGGCUACAGAUUGCAUGCAACUGGAUGGGAGCCAGGGGCCAGCAGCUCCAGCAUGAGUGCAGUAUCUCAGCACCAGGCUCUACAGAGCCACCUAGAGAAGCCGACCGGUAAUGCAAUCCUCUGCAACAACUGCGGCAGUGCGUGUAAAGGAGAGGUCCUUCGGGUGCAGAACAGUUAUUUUCACAUCAAAUGCUUCACGUGUAAAGUCUGUGGCUGUGACCUUGCCCAGGGUGGAUUUUUUGUGCGGCAGGGAGACUACAUCUGCACUCUGGAUUAUCAGAAACUCUUUGGAACCAGAUGCUUUAGUUGUGAUAAAUUCAUAGAGGGAGAGGUGGUGUCUGCACUUGGGAAGACCUACCACCCCUGCUGCUUCGUCUGUGCUAUAUGCAGAAGCCCCUUCCCUCCUGGUGAUCGUGUUACUUUUAACGGCAAGGAGUGCGUAUGUCAAAAAUGUACCGUCUCCCCCACCGUCAGCAACAGCAAUUUCUCAAUCCAGUCUCUGAGAAACUGCGGAGGCUGCGGCUUGGAAAUAAAAAAUGGGCAGUCAUUGGUGGCUCUGGAAAAGCACUGGCACUUGGACUGUUUCAAAUGUAAGACCUGUGGUGUCUAUUUGAAGGCGGAAUAUAUUAGCAAAGAUGGGAUACCGUAUUGUGAAAUGGACUACCAUGCAAAUUUUGGCAUAAAAUGUGAUCACUGUGAGAAGUUCAUCACGGGCCGGGUGCUGGAGGCGGGAGAGAAACAUUAUCACCCAACCUGUGCACGAUGUGUCCGCUGCAACCAGAUGUUUGCCGAGGGGGAGGAGAUGUACCUGCAAGGGAAUUCAAUAUGGCAUCCAAUCUGCAGACAGGCUGCCAAAACGGAAGAAAGAAACAAGGAAACAAGAACGUCUUCGGAGAGUAUCAUAUCAGUUCCAACCUCGAACACAUCUGGAUCUCCAAGCAGAGUCAUUUAUGCAAAACUUGGAGACGAGAUCAUUGACUACAAGGAUUUGGCGGCUCUUCCUAAAGAUAAAGCCAUCUAUAACAUUGACCGUCCCGAUAUGAUUUCCUAUUCUCCAUACAUCAGUUACUCAACAGACGACAGGCAUAGUUACGGGGAGGGAGAUCUGGAUGACCGGUCACUCAAACAGUACAGGGCAUCCAGCCCAAGCUCCACCGGUUCCAUUGGCUAUGGACGAUACACCCCAACAUCUCACUCACCCCAGCACUACAGCCGGACAGCUGGUACUGAUCCUUUCGGUACCAGUAGCUGCAUCUCCCUGUCCCAACAUACAAGCCCCACAUCUACAUUCAGACAUCAUUACAUCCCUUUCUUCAAAGGCAGUGAAAGUGGCCGGAGCACUCCGAGCUUAUCCAUGUGCUCAGACACCAAAUCUACGUCGUCGUCUUCUUAUCAACAGGCGCCUAGACAUUUCCAUAUCCCAGACACUGGAGUUAAAGAUAACAUCUAUAGGAAACCCCCUAUCUACAGACAGCAUGCUUCAAGGAGAUCUGUGGGGGAAGAACUCAACAUAGAUCCCGACAGCAGGAAGAUUAAAUCAAGCUGGUUAAAUCUCAAGGCAGACAUAGAUGGCCAGAGUAACUCGCCAGAAGCAGACACACGAUCGCUUUGCCUAGGUUCUGCAACCUACAGAGAUUCCUCCCGGAGGAACCCAGGGGAGUCCUACUCUCGGUUACCUUACUCCAAGUCUGCAUCCCUACCUGGAUAUGGUAAAAACGGACUAAAUCGAGCUGCAAACUUUGGUCAGAACAAUUUGGAUGAUGAUUCCAGCUGGGGCAUGAAAGAGUACAAGAUCUAUCCCUAUGAAAUGCUGAUUGUAACAAACCAAUUGAGGGUGAAGCUCCCUAAAGAAGUGGACCGGACCAGACUGGAGAGGCACCUGUCAACAGAGGAAUUCCAACAUGUCUUUGAGAUGACCAUCGAGGAAUUUGAUCGCUUGGCGUUGUGGAAGAGGAACGACCUAAAGAAGAAGGCACUGCUUUUCUAGCUUACACCACCUGCUUUACAGAACUGCCAUCUGUAGCGUUAUCAGCUUCUUCACACUCUUCUCCUCGAAGAGCGUGGCAAGACUGUUCCAUGGGUCCAGCCAGUACUCUCAUCAUCUUCUAACAUGCCAAUGUCUGCCAGUGUUGCUUUAUUUACAAUAUUUCUAGCUGCCCUGGAACACAGUAACGCCGACCCCUGUAGGUCAGAAGUACAACAGUAUGUAUAGCCCAUGUUUCCUAAAUCCUCAUCAAAAUCAAGUGUUGCAAAGGCCAAAGACUCGCAUGUAAGCCAUGAUUGUAUUCAUUUCUACGUGGUUAUUAUGGAGAUGAAAGCUUGACUAACCUAAAUUUUUCGUAUGCCUGUGCUUGCUACACCCAUGUAUCCACUAAGACUGGCAUAUUACAUUAUUAUCUAAUAACCAAGUUUCUUAUAGAAGCUAUCUCAGGCAUCUUUGUAGCCAUAAUUGGUUAUUUUAUAGGCUAUAUGGCUUGGAACUCUGCUCAGUUAUAUCAUUGUGACUUCUCAUAUGCUCACAGACAGUAAAAUAUCCAGAUCUAAGUAAAUCAAUCGCUUCGGUCACCAUACAUCUAUUGCUAGGGGCAUAUCCUAGCGAUAGGGAAUACCCUAGAGAUGGGAAUACCCCUUUAAUUUUAGCAAAUA